AAUUUCUACAAGCAACCGCCAUUCCUUAAAAACAUCAGACCAUAAUAACAAACUUGAACCACAAUGACAAUCGCCGGAACUUUGACUUCUGAUCAGCUCCAUUCCUUCAAUUCUCAAGGAUAUUUAGUUAUUGAAUCAUUCUCAAGUAAUGAAGAUGUAGAUGCCUUAAGAAAGAGAAUGGCUCAUUUACUUGAUGGCUUUGAUUCUUCCUCCUCUGCCUCUAUUUUCUCUACCAAAAACCAGCAAAAGACAAGUGAUGAUUACUUCUUUGAGAGUGCCGAGAAGAUUUCUUUUUUCUUUGAAGAAAAAGCGUUUGAUGAUGAUGGAAAGUUAAAGCAAGCGAAAGAGCUCUCUAUAAACAAAGUUGGUCAUGCUUUACAUGAUAAUGACCCCAUUUUCAAAAAGGUCUCGUGCUCGGAUAAAAUGUCUGGCAUAUUGCGCUCAUUAGGAUACAAGAGGCCCAUGAUCAUUCAAUCAAUGUACAUAUUCAAGCAACCAGGUAUCGGUGGUGAAGUGGUUCCACAUCAGGACAAUUCGUUUUUGUAUACCGAUCCACCGAGUUGCACUGGACUAUGGUUGGCCCUAGAAGAUGCCACCCUUGUUAAUGGUUGCUUAUGGGCAAUUCCUGGAUCGCACAAAGAUGGCCUGGUGAGACGGUUUAUUAGAGAUGAUAACGGGGUUCACUUUGACAAGCCAUCCCCGACUUAUGACCAAAAAGAUUUUGUACCAGUUGAAGUAAAAGCUGGAUCUUUGGUCCUUAUCCAUGGUGAUCUUAUUCAUCAAAGUUUUGAAAAUCAAUCCUCGAAAUCAAGGCAUGCUUACAGCUUGCAUGUUAUAGAUACGGAUGGUUGCAAAUUUGCAGCAGAUAACUGGAUUAGAAGGACUGUGGAUCCCGAGCCUCUUUAUGUAUCUUAGUCUGGGCCUGAUUUUACUAUGAAAUCAUACACAUCUAGUUUGCAUUGUCCCCGUUUAUGUAUGUAAUAAUAUCUUUUAAAUUACCAUUCCAUCAACUGAACAUGUAUUAGGAACUCUUUGCAUCUGCUCUUUACGAUAUAUCUACCAAUAAAUAACAACGCUUGGAUA